AAUGGUGUAAAUAACCUAUGUGUUUAUAUUUAUCUUGUUAAUGCGUUAGUUAAAGUGUAAGACUCAGUUUUCUUGGUGAAAUCUCUUAGUUUAUAAGUAAAGAUGUUCCAGACUGUGUGUAAAUAUCACCGGCUGCUCAGUCAGGCUCUGAGACCUCUCACUGCCCGUCAGUUAGAAGCUUUACAUCCAUCCAUACAGAUACACAAAGCUAAAUACAGCAGUGCUACUGCAGAGCGGAAAAGAUUCUACCAGGAUGUCUCGAUCUCUCAAGGUGAAGGUGGAGUUUUUGAGAUUAACCUAGACAGGAGAAAGCUGAAGACUCCAGGUGGGAAACUCUUCACUGUGCCUAAUGAAGCUCUGGCCAUUGCAGUAGCCACUGAAUGGGAUGCUCAGAAGGACACACUAAAGUUCUACACCAUGCAUCUAACCACUUUGUGCAACACAGCUCUCGAUAACCCAACACAGCGUAGUAAGGAUCAAAUGAUCAGUGCCGCCCUGAAGUAUCUGGAGACAGACACCAUUUGUUACAGAGUAGAGGAUCCUCCAGGACUUGUAGAACUACAGAAAAAUGAAUGGGACCCUGUUACUGACUGGAUUGAAAACAGGUACAAUGUUGUUAUUGGUUCAUCUUCAAGUAUAUUGGGCCCCCAAAUUCCAGAGAAGACUUAUGAGACAUUUCAGCAGCAUCUCAGCUCCUACAACUUGUGGUCACUGACAGGGCUUGAGUAUGUGAUCAACCAAUUGAAGUCAUUGAUCCUGUCCUUUGGAUUGAUUGAUAGACGUCUAACUGUUGAGCAAGCUGUUCUGCUGUCUCGACUGGAGGAGGAAUACCAGAUUCAGCAUUGGGGAAAUGUUGAAUGGGCUCAUGACUAUGACAUGUAUGAGCUUAGAGCUCGUACAGCAGCUGGUGCUCUGUUUGUGCAUCUGUCGUCAGAGAGUGCUACAGUGAAGAAGAAACUGCUUCAGGACUGAUCUGAUCCAUGUGUUAGUAAAUGUGCAAGUACAGGAUGAUAACAGAAAAUGUUUCUGGACUUUUUGUGUUUGUAAUGUGCUUAUUUAAGUGAAUUAUUAUGAUCGUGGAAACAGAAAUCUCACAUUUAUGGAAGGGAUUUGUCACCGGAACUGAAUAGUUGUGGCAGUACAGUAAGACCACAGUGUUCUGUACUGAUUUGUUUAUUUUGUGGACAUGUUUGCACCCUCAAGUAAGUGUAAUUAAGGGAUGCACAAAGGCUGGAGGAGGCCAUAAUGAAAAACACAGCAAUUCCUUAAACACACACAACCACAUCCUGUAGACCCUAGUACUUAAACAUCACAGUAACGGGUUACUACACACUUUUGAAGGCUCAUAGAUGUCUAUUACGUUGUUCCAAUUAUUAGACGUAUGUGGAUUCUUGUUUGUGGAUAACAAAAACAAAGAGACAUGGUUCAGUCUUUGUUUUAUUAAUGUAAAGAUUAUUAUUUCAGAUUAUAUGAUGGCUGAUAUGCCUCAAGUUCUUAUUCUCUUUAACCACAUUUCACACAGCUAUCCUUGAGAAUUUGAUUAGUAAAUACGUAAGCAGUUACACAUGGUUAGUCCUAAAAGCAACUUCACCACCCUUCUCAGAAAAAAAUAUGUCGAAUACUGUACACUCGAAGGUUAUUAUGCAUUUAAUGUUGUAUAUUUACGUCAGUGUGUCUGCUUAACAUCAAAUAUACAGUUUCUGUGA